AUGUCCAAGGUUACAAUAUCCGAGGACAAUCCUUUCCAGGUUCUGAUCAAUGAGACGAACAAUGAUGCAGCUCAAUUGCAGUCCCGCUAUGAGAAGCAUCGGGUAGAUCGAAAUGCGCAGCAAGCUGCGAAGAUCCUGGCCCCCGAUUUCGCCGGCUGGAAUCUGGACGAGAUUCUAGCGCGCAUGGAAAGCCCUGCAAAGGAGGAGGGAUUUGUGGAUCCUCGCAACUGCCUGGUGAUUUGGGCCCGGCCGCCGUCUCCAAUUCGGGAUCUUAUAAAGUUUGUGCAAAGCGAACUCAAAAGCGUUGCUCCGACCCUCUGGUUCAUGCCGUCCGAGAACCUGCAUACGACAGUAUUAGAAAUCGCCCAUUCUCUGACCGAAGAGCAGAUUGAGAGUCUGGUGCAUACUCUGCAGUUAUCACAGGAUGUAUGCGCAUCAGAAAUUGCAGACUACACGGUUGCUCAUCAAACGCGCCUUAUCAAGCCCAUGGUGGCCUUUGAUUCUACCGCUAUGGCAUUGACCUUCGUCCCAGCCGCUGGUCCCGACGGCCCCGACACCCAAUCGAGUGACAAAGACGAGACCUACAGUUAUCACCAUCUACGUCGUGAUAUAUCUGAAAUGGUUCGGAUGGCGGGUAUAUCGGUUGCGUCUCGAUAUAUCGCUCCUUCAGCCCAUCUCACCAUUGCUCGGUUUGUCACUCAAGACGGCUUUGUCGAACCAGGAGAUGCAGUGGGAGACAAACAUGUCGACCCUUCCAAGGUCAAAGAACUGGUUGACAAAAUCUAUGCAAUUAACCAGAAAUUGCAGGACGAAUUUUGGCCGAGUACGAAUGGAACGAUCAAGGCUGGCGGGGAGUGGCUAGUUGGUCAAGAAACGGGCUUGGUCAUUCGCAAAGGUCGUCUCUGGUAUGGCGGUGGUGUGGACGUACAGGUUGGGAGGGGAUAUUAA